AUGGUGCGCCUUACGUAUGUCGUUGAGCCUUCGGCUCCAGCGCCGUCCGAAGUCCAGCCUGUCAACCUGGCAUUUGCGGCAGCCGCCGCUGCGCGAGCCUCUUGGGCUUCAAAGGAGCGAGAGGAUAUCCUUUGGGAUUUUGAGCAGCUUGAUGACGGAGCGCCUGCGGGAGCAGCCCUGGGCGACGGAGGCUUCGAUGGCAGCAUCUUUGUAAGGGGCACGGACACCGGAGCUGGGCAACCCGCAGCCAUAAUGCGUAUUAGCGGAACGGAACUAUCAAUUAAUGGAGGAAGACUAACUGGAGGCAGCGCAUCGAACCAAGAUGCACCCGGAAUCCACGACAUCCCGCGCAACAGCGUCCUGUUCCGCACGCACGCUGCGGAACAAACCAUGACCAGCUCACUGCCACCUGCAGAGCCGAACGCACCGACUGCAGUUGAGGUCGCUGUGGUCAUGGAGGAGCGCAAAUCCCGGGGACUCCUGCAGCUCCCAGAAGAUCUCUCACUGCCCGACGGCACUCAAUUGCCGCAGCGCUCAGCGUCCUUCUCCCCCGGCAUCGACCAGCACACAAAUAACGGAGUGUGCAGUAUCGCCAACACGGCCAGCGGCAGCAGCAGUGCCGCAACCAACGUGCUUCCCAACUCACGCAAGGCUUCGUACAACCACCCAUAUGUCGUCGGCGCCGGCACCGCAGGGUCCGCCGCCGCGGCCCUGGGCGCCCUCUCCUCCUCCGGCGGCAUGCCCGGCAGUUUAGCGGGCCCGGCAGGCGAAGGGGAGGGCGAGGGGGAGGGGGACGGGGAGGGAGGCGAGCGGGACGGUUGCCUUGUACUGCCGGUGUUACGGACUUUGCUUGCCAUGCAACAAGACGAGUCUCCCCGACCUCCCUCUCUACGUCUAGCCAACCAGUCUCAUAGUCUCUUGCAAGGCCUCAGCACCCAUGGGGGGUACGGCAGCGGCGGGCAUUCCCUCGGCGGAGGCCACGUGCACGGCGGCGGCAGCGGCGGCAGUAGCAGCAACAACUACUCACGACAGGCCUCUGUGCAUGUACUGCGUGCCUCGGUAACGUCGGCCUUCAUGGGCGGCGGCGGCGGCGGCGGUGUGGCGAGGCAGGGAAGCUCCCUGCCAAGUGGCCCUCCAGUUCCCGCACGGCGCAGGGUCGUGGUCGGUGGCGGCGGCGCUGCCGCCCCCAUGGAUUCCAUGAUGGCUAUGGGCAAGGCGUCGGCGGCGCCGCCGCGGCGGCAGGCCAGCAGCCUCCGGACAGCGCAGACGCAGCAUUCGGGCCAUCAUUCCGCCGUGUCGCCGCCGCCGCCGCUGCCGCCGCCGCCAGACGAUGACGACAGCCCACUCGGUAUCGGAACCUUUGAGUCGGCGGCUCGGAGAGGGUCGUACAACACCUCCGCGGUCCUGGGCUCUCCAGGGCACUCCUUCACGCAGCCGCCACAACAAACCGCCAACAGACAUCAGGCCGCCGCCCGCGGCCUCGCCAACGGCGGUCCUUCGACGACAGCGGUGGCGGGUGGAAGCGGCGACACCAACAAUCACGGCGGCCGGGGUGCGUCGCCGCCGCCGGUGACGCGCCAUGGUGGCGGCGGCAUUGCUGCCGCUGCCACAUCCGCCGCUGCGCGAGGGAGCCCGGGCAAGGCGGCAGCGGCGCAGCAGCAGCAGCAGCAGCAAACGCAGCCACAGCCGCAGCAGCCGGCAGCUCCCGCAACAUCCAAGUCCUCCAGAGCCGGAGGGAAGGCGCUGUUCGCCUGGACACACAAGCUGGGAAAGGGACGCUGGUCAUGGUUUCCGGGAGGCGGAGGCACCGCCGCCGCUUCCCGCGCUUCUGCCGCCGCCACGACGGCAGCUUCCAAUGCUGUGAGCGCACCGGGUCCAGUUGGCGCCGGCGGCGUCGUCGGCGGCCAGGAACUGCCGCCGUCAGUCCACGGUUCCGCCACCACCGACGGCGUUGGCGUCGGCGGCGUUCGCCCGGCGGCGGCGCUGUCCCUGAGCUCCAGCACCAGCGGCAACGGCCGUACAAGCGCGACGGGACGCUCCAGCGGCAAUGGGCAGCAGGCCCACUCGGGGCCGCCGCCCGCCAGCCAGGCGUCGCCGACGCCGCCACCGGUACAGCAACACCACCAGCAGCAGCAAGGCACAGCUGGGUUGUACAUCGUCCCUAGGGAUUUAGUCCAGCUACCCCCGAUCGAGUCCAGCUACCCGCGGCGCAAGUCCACAGCCGCCUCCGAGCCGCUGAGCCCCACGGGCCUUCGCGCCGGCGGGGGUGCAGUUGGAGGGCCCCUGUCCCCUCGGAGGGGGCAGCGGGGGCCCCUGUGA